AUGGGUUAUACUUUGUACGAUGGAACCAUUGUGGUCCUCCAAGGUAUCCUCAACUCCUUAUCCCACAUCCUCCACCAAGCCGAGCAACGCCCCGAUGGUAGCAGUCUGCUCGAGGCUCGUUUACACGAGGACAUGUACCCAUUCACAGAUCAAGUCCGCCUCGCGACCCAGUUCUCGGAAAAUGUGGCCGCAAGAUUGACAGCUCGGGAGCCGGUAACCUUUGAAGGCAAACCCGCGACAUUUUCCCAAUGCUACGAGCGCAUUGAGACGGUUCUGAAAGUGCUCAACGAGGCCGACAAGAACGUCGUUAACCAAAAUGGCGACAUGCUUGCGACCACUAAGCUUGGUCCAGAGAAGACGGUUGAGAUGAGCGGCGCUACGUAUGCCCAUAUUGUUGCCUUACCCAACGUCUUCUUCCAUCUUACCACCGCGUAUGGAAUUCUGCGAAAGGAGGGGGUGCCGCUGGGCAAGCGGGACUAUUAUAUUGGCUUCUUUCCUCCAGUCGCCGGAAGCCAGUAA